AUAAAGUGACCUGACUAUUUCGGAGAUCCUCCUAAACGGCCCGUACAAGCAUGGCUCCUGGCGGCCUUCAUUCAGUUUUAUUCUACGUUCUCUGCCUCGCUGUUCACUCUCACUGCGGCGUACUUCAAACAUACAGAAGGGCGAACGCCACAAAGGUGUACGUCAGCGGCGAAAACAACCAUGUGACGAUCUCAAUGGAGGGCGAAUCGAGAGUGGUUAAAAAGCUCCAAAGCGACAUGAAAAGACUUCAAAACAAGUUACAGGCGCUGGAAGACAUAGUGAAUCCAGCGUUUGACCUCAAGUUCCCGCGAAAAAGUACUUCUGAUUACGUCAUUAUCAGAGAAAUACCCACAAUGCAAGCAGCGACGGUAUGCCUUUGGAUAAACACCGCUGACAAGACGAACGAAGGCACACCAUUCAGUUACGCUACAACGUCAAGAGACAACGAAUUCAUUAUCAUUGAUUACAGAGAUGUGGUUAUAUGGAUUGCCCAAAAUACAACUCGGACUGGAAUCGCAGUAAACGACGGUCAAUGGCACCACCUUUGCGUGACAUGGGAGAACACCGCUGGCAGCUGGAGGUUGUACAAGGACGGGAGAGUGGCUAAAAGCGGCACAGGGCUGAGUCAAGGGGAGCAGAUCGACGGCGGAGGUGCAGUCGUACUGGGGAACGAGCAAGACAUGCUUGGCGGGGGUUUUCACCAGACACAGUCGUUUAUUGGUGAGAUGAGUAGAGUGAAUAUGUGGAGGAGAGAGCUAAGCUCGUCUGAGAUUGCUAGAAUGUCAGCGGAUUGCACUGAAGGCGCGGGUGAUGUGUUUGAUUGGCGUGACGUCAUUAGGGGUGCACGGGGACUCGUGGAGGCCAAGAGGCCGUCCACAUGUCAUGCUGUUUGAACCAUUUGACGACAGAAAACAAAAUUAUGACUAAAUUACUGUUUGGAAAAAACGAAAGUUAACCACUUUGGUCAGUUUUUUAACUUCCUGUAGUUGUACAACAACCUUGAAUAAUUUGAAUAAAAGACUGGAAAGGAA